CCACCACUCCUUAUCAAUCAGAAAUGGCAACAUACACAAUCCAACCCUCGCGCCCCUUUGAGGCCAGCUAUCCCCUCUCCUCAAGCGAUCUGCAGGUCCCGCCAUGCUACAUCCGCCAGGCGUUCAUCUAUUCUACUGAUAAGGGGGAUGUGCAGGACUUGGUCUCACGACUGCAGCACUCGCUGCGCUCUUUCUUGCAACCGCUGGAGGACGGCCAGCUGGCGUAUCCACAGCUGCUGGGACGGGUGGUUACCAACAAUGGUCUGUCCUCAAUUCUUGUUGAGGAGUCUUCCAGCAUCGCCUUUACCGUUGUUCUUCGACCAGACAUUGGUAUAGAAGCUCUACAACCCAGACGCGGAUUCCCCGAUACAGCUCUUCCAAUGGCCGACUUUGCGACGGGGCUGGAUUUGGCCUCCAUGCGUGCUCGGCAUAGCGACCUGCCUGGGUUCGCUGUCCAGUUGACAGUGCUAAGUAGGGGGCUCGUGCUGGUGGCACAGGUUCACCACCAGAUCACUGACGGGUUCGGGUUCGCGGGAUUUAUAAGACACUGGUUCAAGCGUACACGGGGCGAGAAUAUAGAUUAUGAGCACUCGGCCAUGCACGACAGGGCUUUGUUGAUGAAGAGCGUCGAUUUGUCCACGGUACAGGAAGAUAUACAUGGCUUCCGGACCUGGGAGAAGCUAUUCCAUCAGUAUCCUCCUGACAGUCUGCAGCCCUCUCCAGAGGGAAGUGACAGGAUCGUCAGUCAGAUGUUCCAUUUUUCUCCGCAGAAACUAGAUGCUCUUCGCACUGCUAUGCAUGAGUUUACAUCCCUCCGGCCGACUGUCUUUGAAGCAUUUAUGGCGUUGGCAUUGCGGUGCGUCAUGCGUGCCCGUGGGAAGAACUUGAAUACAAGCAACAGCAUGAUAGCAGUUGAUAUGCGGGCAAGACUGGCUCCCCCUUUACCAGCAGACUUCUUCGGCAACGCCUUUGCAUGUCUCCUUGCUCAACAGGAAGAUACAGAUGUUAUUUCUACAGUCCAAACCUCUCUACGCAGGGACGCGACAAAUGCCAACCUACGACUUAUCAAUGAGUAUCUCUUCCAGCAGGCUCAGAAGGGAAUCCCUCCACCACUGGAGCUGCUGGAGCGCGACUUCUUCUUUAAUUCAUGGGAACACCUGUUUUCCACCCCGGGUGAGAUGGAUCUUGGAGUGGGGACCUUCUGUGCGAUGCGCAAUUUGAUGGAUCCACCGUUUAUCCCAUCAUAUUAUCUGAUAUUGCCCUCGUUUGGACGGCGGGGGGAGACAGGCAUUGAAGUUAAGAUUAACUUGGUGGAAGAGCAGAUGGAGAGAUUGCUGGCUGAUGAAGAGUUUGCAAAGUAUGCUGUGUUAAUGUAGAUGGAGAUUCCGCGGCUCAUCCACUUGGUCGUAGAUGAGUAUAUACUGCAAGUCUCCUUAGAUUGAGUAUACCUAGAAUAUAUUUCCUUGAAAAAUAUGUAACAUGGAGUUAUGCUGACUGAAGGCUCGACUCUAAAGAAUAUCAUGAAAGAUAAUCGGUUAGAG